GGCUCCUACUGACCAGACCGUGAGGGGGGCGGGGCGCGUAUGGAUUCUGUUUGUUUAGAAGACCGCUCCUGCUGAGAGUUAUCAGCGGGAAACGAGGGAAUCAUUGCCAAGCCAGCCCCGCGCCGGCCUUUGGAGCCGGUUAAUAAUUGAACCGACGUUGCAGCUGGGUUCUGCUUCAAGUGGGUGGUUUUGGGGGAUGACCGAGACCCUUAAGAGUCUCCGACAGUGAAAUGACUUUUGCCUUUCCCUGAACUAGUCCAGGUUCUGUUCGGGAGACGAAUACCGGGGCUUUUGAUGCCAUGGCCAAACUGGUGGAAUGCGUGCCAAACUUCUCAGAGGGUCAGAACAAGGAGGUGAUAGAUGCCAUUGCAGGCGCCAUCUCCUCCACGGAGGGCUGCAGUCUGCUGGACGUGGACCCGGGCGCGUCCACCAACAGAACCGUCUACACCUUCGUGGGUUCCCCCGAGGCCGUGGUGGAGGGGGCACUGAACGCCGCACGAGCAGCCUUCCCCCUCAUAGACAUGGCCAAACACUCAGGGGAGCACCCUCGGACCGGCGCCAUGGACGUGUGUCCCUUCAUCCCUGUUCAGAACGUCUCCAUGGCUGACUGUGUUGGCUGUGCCCAGACCUUCGGCCAGCGGCUGGCAGACAUGUUGCACGUGCCAGUGUAUCUGUAUGGAGAAGCAGCGCAGAGAGAAAGCAGGAGAAACCUCCCGUCUGUGCGUGCCGGGGAGUACGAGGCUUUACCUGAGAAAUUAAAGCAUGAGGAAUGGAUCCCGGACUUCGGCCCGCCCACAUUCGUCUCUUCCUGGGGCGCCACGGUAACCGGAGCACGCAAGUUUCUCAUCGCCUACAACGUGAAUCUGAUCAGUACCAAGGAACAGGCGCACCGCAUCGCCCUGGACAUCAGGGAACAGGGCCGAGGGAAAGACCAGCCUGGUCUGCUGAAGAAGGUGCAGGGGAUGGGUUGGUACCUGGAGGAGGAGAACAUCGCCCAGGUCUCCACCAACAUCCUGGACUUUGAGCUCACCCCCCUUCACACCGUUUACGAGGAGAUCUGCCGUGACGCUCAGGACUUGAACCUGCCGGUGGUGGGCUCCCAGAUUGUGGGUCUGAUCCCUCUGAAAGCGGUGCUGGACUCUGCCGACUUCUACACACAGAGAGACGGACUCUUCAUCAUGGAGGAGGAGCACAAAGUCCGGCUGGUCAUCAGUAAACUUGGUCUUGACUCACUGGGAUCCUUUAACCCAAAGGAGAGGAUCAUAGAGUACAUGGUACAGAGGGCGGAGGAGGACGGGGGUCUGGUGUCGCUGCCUCUACGGGAGUUUGUCCGCAGUGUCGGGGCGAGGACGGCGGCCCCAGGGGGGGGCUCUGUGUCUGCAGCUGUGGCUGCUCUGGGAGCGGCUCUGGGUGCCAUGGUUGGUCAGAUGACUUAUGGGAAGAAACAGUUUGAGAAGCUGGAUGCUGUGAUGAGGAGGCUGAUUCCCCCGUUCCACCAGGCCAUGGGUGACCUGCUGACCAUGGUGGACAAAGACUCCACGGCCUUCAACAGCUACAUGGCUGCGUUGAAAAUGCCAAAGACCACAGCAGAUGAAAUCAAAAAGAGGAACACGGCCAUGCAGGAGGGACUGAAGAAAGCUGUGGCCGUCCCUCUGUCUCUGGCUGAGAGGGUCAACGUUCUGUGGCCUUUUCUGAAAGAAAUCGCUCUCUAUGGAAACGUCGCCUGCAAGUCUGAUGCACAGGUGGCAGCCAAGGCCUUGGAGACGGCGGUUUAUGGUGCAUACUACAACGUCGUCAUAAACCUCAAAGACGUCUCCGACUCCGCCUUCAAAACCACCACCCAGAAAAGGGCGCUGGCUUUGCUGCAGGAGGCCCAGCAGAGCUGUGCUGUGGUUCUGGAUGCUGCAGACCAGAGAGGCUGAGGCCCUGGACCGGACCUGUCCGCCCACUGCCGACCCGUUAAUGGAAACUAAGACACCAACUAAAUAACCCCGGUCGGUUGCAACGGUUGAAACCUCUCAUUGCAUUUGUGUUGCCAUGUUGUUAUUCUGAGUGUGUCAGUGAUGCGUCCAGAUUACAGCAAACUUGACCAUACAGGUGUUUCCACCCUGCUGUCUGUCAAAACUGUCCACACGUUGGGCUAAAAUAAAAUUUUUUUUUUAAAAA